AUGGCAGUUUAUUCAAAAUCUCUCAUAUCUGUUUAUUCCAACACCCUUUCUCUCUCAUCAUGUUUGCCUAUUCCAAUUCUCUCUCUCUCUCUUUCUCUCUCUCUCUCUCUCUCUCGUCAUGUCUCUUUAUUCCAACAAGUCUCUCUCCUCAUAACAUGUCCGUUUAUUGUUAAUCUCUCUCUCUCUCUCUCGUCAUCUCUCUUCUAUCUCCAACAAGUCUCUCUUCAUUCCAAUUCUUUUAUCUCUCGUACUCUCUCCCUCUUAUCAUCUCGGUUUAUUCCAAUUCUCUCUCUCACUGUCUCUCUCUCUCACACACACACACUUCAUGUCUGUUUAUUCUUCUCUCUCUCUCUCUCUCUCUCUCUCAUCAUGUUUUUAAUUCCAAUUCUCUCUCUCUCUUUCUCAUCACGCCUGUAUUCCCAUUCUCUCUCUCCCUCUCUCAUCAUGCCUGUUUAUUCUAAUUCUUUCUCUCUCUCUCUCUCUCUCUCUCUCUCUCUCUCAUCCUCUGCAUUCAAAUUCUCUUUGUGUCUUUCUCAUCAUACCUGUUUAUUCCAAUUCUCUCUCUCUCUCUCUCUCUCUCUUAUCAUCCAAUUCUCUUCUCCUUUUCCCUCUUUUCUCAUCAUGCCUGUUUUCAAAUUCCUCUCUCUCUCUCUCUCUCUCUUAUCAUGCCUGUUUAUUCCACUUCUCCUUUUCUCUCUUUCUCAUCAUGCCUGCUUAUUCAAAUUCUCUCUCUCUCUCUCUUUCUCUCUCUCUCUUAUCAUGCCUGUUUAUUCUACUUCUCCUUUUCUCUCUUUCUCAUCAUGCCUGCUUAUUCAAAUUCUCUCUCUCUCUCUCUCUCUCUCUCUCUUAUCAUGCCUGUUUAUUCUACUUCUCCUUUUCUCUUUCUCAUCAUGCCUGCUUUUCAUUUCUCUCUCUCUCUCUUUCUCUCUCUCUCUCUAUCAUGCCUGUUUAUUCUAA